GCGUUCGCCACACCAUCGCCUUGAUUCUCUUCACUCUGCUCUCAACCUUCGUCUGUCCGCACCACAAUCCAGGUGCCCGCAGCUCGAAAAUCGACCGCUGAUCAUUCGGGUCGGUGGUUUCGACCAGUUCGUCGGAUCGCAGAUCAUGUUGCCUUUCAUCUUCGCCUGGCUCGUCUUGAUUCCUUGUGGAUUUUGUGAUGAAGUUUUGCAAAUAUACGACGCCGAGUCGGAGUUCGUCAUCGAGAAAGACGAUCUAGGCAAUUUGACGAGCCUUGAUCUCUACAUGUUGCGGCCGGAACAACUGUCGAAUCUGAGCGGCAGCGACUUGGCCGCCUUGGGAUUGGCGAACGCGCAAAACGCGGCCCUAUUCGAGAAGUCGGUGCUGGCGUGCGCCAAGAAGCGUCAGCGUGCUGAAUUCCUCAAGGCUAUGCAGGGAAAUUUGGACCUGUCGGAGGCGGUGCAGGAAGUUCUGGCUGAAAUCAUGCCAGUGUGGUACCCUGAUAUGGAGAAUCAGUGGAAAUUUGAGUUGUUCCGCAGAGCUUUGGAAACGGGCAGCCCUGUUCUGGCUUAUUUGCCUCGUUCGUUUCUCUACAACAUGGAAAUAAAGCAGCAGCAGAAAUUCCUGUACCACCUGCAGCAGUGGACAUGGCCUACUUCCAGGUCUUUAGAGUGGUCCAAAAAAAGCCCAUCUUUAAAACGAGUGUGGGCUGAAAUGCUCGAUUCCGGCGACGCCACCAGACUGCAUCAAUUCAGUCCCCAAAGACUUCAGUUCAUCAACUUCAUACUUACCGGAAGUACGCCUGACGAGCUUAGUAAAAUCAAACUUAAGUCGACUGACACCCAAAAAUUGAUCUUUAAUCUGCCCCUUGACCCCAUGCAGAUAAGAGCAGUUUUUGCUUCAACCCACCACAGUCAAAGACCCAACUCUGACCUCCUGGAGAUGUCGCUUCCUCUAUUAACGCCGACGCAAAUUGCCUCCUUGGCACACAGAAAUUUGAGUCGUGUGGCCAGAGAGGCUUUUGAGAGAAACGAGCGCCAUCCCGUCUCUUGGGCAUCGGCUGCCCAGCUCGCCCACUUGCUCGUGCAGGAAGCUAACAGAGACAGUGCCGUUUGGGACGAGAAAACGUUGACCGAUGUUGGAAAGUGGAUUUUCGCGCUGCCGACCUCCUAUUUGUACCAAGCUGCCCGUGUAAUUGAGGCUUUGCCCGAGGAUAAGAAGGCCAGAGCCCUCACUGCCAUUGACUCUGCUCAACUUAGCAGCAAGCAGGCUCGAAUUCUUGUUGGAGAACAUUUUUCCAAUCCGUCGACUACCCUUGAAAAUGCAUUGGUGCCAUCCAGUAACCUGCUGUUAAUAAUUCCGUCUGUGAAAAUUGAUCAGAGGGAAAUUUUGCCUCAGUCUGUCAUCACACAUUUGCUUUCUAACUUGCCACCACAAAGCACAGCUCUUUUCAUCCUGUACGACAGGACAAAAAACUUGAUAGGUAAAAAGUGGUUAUUAGAGGCAAUGCUUAAUGGGGAGCAGGAGCCAAACCGUUUUGCACACCUGAUGAAGUCUGAGGAUAUAAAGCCAAUGGCCUUGGAACUGAGUAAAAUAAUAAGGACAAGCCGACACCAGAAAGGCUGGCCCCGUAGCUUUCUACGGUUAGUGGCACACCACUCACGCUCCAAUAUGACAGAUUUGGAUGAAUGGGCUCAUUUCCUGCUCCAUAAUCCAAAACUGAUCAUGGGACUAACCUGCAGUGAUCUUUUGGAACUUGGUCGGAACCAUGGUUUGCCCAUCUUGGCACUUCUUGGUCAGCACUUGCAAACUACUAAUCAAUGGUACCCUAAGGACUUGAGCAAGUGCGCCCUUAAGCCGCUUCUUUCCUACUUGAAGCAUCGUGCUGAAUCACAGCAAAUUGACACGGAAGUACUACUUGACACAUUGCAUAAGGCAGAGAUCAUGUCAAUUGGAGGCAAUCCAUUGGUGUAUUUGCCCUACUCCGCAAUCAAAACUACAAAGAAUUGGGCUACUAUUGUUCAAUCUAUAGGACGUCUCUCUAUUAUUGAGCUCCUGGAGGUUUUUGUCCUGCCAGGGUCAACGCCACAGCUGCUGUCGCAAAUCAGCUUGAGGCUCAAUAACAAAAAAGCCAUUCUCCACGAAAUGGGCAAUUUGUUCCAGUUUCUGCCCUUUGCAGAUGAACUGCAUGCAAACCUUGACUCCAGAGCCUUCCGGCUGUGGCUGGAGGGCAAAGACAGAAAGUCAGACACAGCUCUUUGUGUCACUCGCGGAAUGAGGGCAUCUCUCUGGUACAAAAUCAUCGUUGACGCUUAUGGGCCUCCGUCUGAGUGGUCUGCUGGAACUCUAACCACGCUUGCUGGCCUCCUACUUGCAGUACCACCGCAGCAGUUAAAUGAGGUUGAACCUUUAGCAUUUCAGGAAGCCGCCGACCAGCUAGAUUCUAGCAUGGGUUACACACCAGAAUUCAUGAGGUUAUGUAGUCGUUAUUUGGGUCCUGAUGAGGCUAGCCCCUUCGAACAGAGCGUCAAAGCCUUGCUGAGCUUUGUACUUAAUACAACUAACAAUUUGGCAGCAAGCGUGGCUUCUAAAAUAGAGAGUAAACAGAAGAAACGGAAAGAAGAGCCAAUAACAAUUUCCAUUCCAAAAAUUCGCAAGCUAAAUGGCAACGUUUUCAACAUAUCUGCAAAGAUUUAUCCCAGCAUAAGAAACAAAAGGGCAACUGAUUCUCUGACACAGACUGAAGGGCAAAGUAACAGGGAAACAACUACGCAGCACCCCAUAUCAAAACUUUCUCCGGCAAAGUAUCGGCAAAACAGUUCUAUGCUGAUUGAAAGCGCGGCAGGCAAGAACAAAAUUGAGCCAGUCAAAGAAAAGAUUCUCUGUGGAUCUUUGAAGAUGGCAAAACAUGCCACAAUAGUCAGCCUUGACGAGCAACAUUUGAAAAUGUUAGAUGCGGCUGGAGAUUUUACAGAGUGCUUGCCAUAUUUAGGAUCGAUUGAUUUGUCUGCAUUAGCCAUCAGACAAAUUUGGGAAUAUAUUAAAUAUAAAAAUCUUACUGUGGAUAUAAGGGAUAUUGGGAUAUUGACCUCUCAAGUAGACGUUGAAAUCCUGAGGGCAUCUGACCUUACAGACAUGGAUGUUGUUAGUGCUGUUGGCAGUAAUCUGCAAUCGUGGGAGCAACUUAAUGAGAUAGCUGAUAUGAUCCUUGAAGCAAAUGAAAACAAUUUAACAUCUAAACUUGCUGGCAACAUGGGACGUCUGUUGUGCGCGAAUCACAUCUGGGAACAAAAUUUGAUCUCAUCGACUUUGUUCGCCGAGUUUUAUCAUGUUCUGGCACAUUUGCUUACAACCAGUCAUCGUUGCCCCCCACUUGACUGUUUGAAAAGAAUAAUCAAACAUGGGGAAAGCUCCAAUAUGUUUGGCCCCAUUAAUGACUUGCAUGGAGACUUGGUGUACUCAUUGGGAACUGUUAUGGCUGGACUCUCGCCUGCCAAUCUAAGAAGUUUCAAUGAAUUUGAAAGUUUGCAUCCUGGUGCUCUGCGGUGUUUAAGAAGCGACUCUUUGAAGACAUUCAAUGACACUCACUUCAGCAAGCUAUCUUUCUCUUCGCUGGAAACUGUGUUCAUCUACAGAUAUGGAGAGUUGUCACUUCUACAGCAGUCACAGUUGCGCAGAGCACUAGUCAGCUCUCCUGCACACUCAUUGUUGACCUCUAUUAAUUACGACAUCGUGGACUUUCAAAAAGGUAACACAAAUUUGUCAUCAGCUGCAACGACAGGGUCAACCUUCAGCCUAGUACUAAUCACAAGUUUGCAUCUAGCAGCAGUUUACUUUUUUAACUAGUAUUUUACUUAUGUGUGCCAAAAAUAUCUAUUCAUAUUAUAUAGUAUCUUGUUUGUGAUGUCUAAAUAUAUAUUUUAGGAAUCAAAUAAGUGCAUGCUGAAUGCGGGUGAUAAACUUUAUUGUUAAUUAGUGCGUGUACAUUUAUUUAGAGAAAGCUUUGUGUUUAUUGCACAUUAUAUUCUUAUUAAAAUCUGAGAAAUGAAUCAU